GUUUUACUGGGACCUGACCAUGCUGCUGCUGAUGGUGGGCAACCUGAUCAUCAUCCCCGUGGGCAUCACCUUCUUCAAGGAUGAAAACACCACCCCGUGGAUCGUCUUCAAUGUGGUUUCGGACACAUUCUUCCUCAUCGACCUCGUCCUCAACUUCCGGACGGGCAUCGUGGUGGAGGACAACACCGAGAUCAUCCUGGACCCGCAGAGGAUCAAGAUGAAGUACCUCAAGAGCUGGUUCGUGGUGGAUUUUAUCUCCUCCAUCCCCGUGGACUACAUCUUCCUGAUYGUGGAGACGCGCAUCGACUCCGAGGUGUACAAGACGGCGCGGGCGCUGCGCAUCGUGCGCUUCACCAAGAUCCUGAGCCUGCUGCGCCUGCUGCGCCUGUCGCGCCUCAUCCGCUACAUCCAYCAGUGGGAGGAG